AAACUUCAGAUCACAAAACGGAAUCUGGAGGAGAUCAAGUUGAAACAACGUACUUCGCCGGAAAGAGACAAAUGACGAUGCUCCCAGGCCGCCAUUCAUCUUUGGAAUUAAAAAUUUCCCAACCAACUCUUUCUUGGACGGAUACUUUGUCACAAGUAGAAGGAAUUAACAAUGUCGCUUGACAAAAUAUUUCUCAUAAAUCCUUUCCUCCGGUGUUCCAUUUCAAUUCGAUUACUCGAAAUCUAACAUGCAGGACGCUAUCACUAUGAAGUCACUAUCCCACAGUCUCCUCUGUUUUCCUCCUCUGCUAACGAAGAGACCCCAAAAAUCUCAAUCCAUCUCCACCAGCCCUGCCGGAAAGUUCUGUGUUUUUCGGGCGGAGAUGCCAGCUAUGACGUCUGUAGCAACACCCACGAGCUUUGGGUUCGUGAAUUUGAUGGAGACAUUCACUGUGGAUGUGCAAAGAGCGGAGAACAGGCCAUUGAACGUGCCUUUGGUCGCCCCUUUUACGAUCGCUUCUUCGAGAUUAGACAAGGUGGAGAACGUGGCAAUUAGAGUUGAAUUGAGGAAUGGUUCUGUCGGGUGGGGAGAGGCACCAAUCUUGCCUUUUGUCACUGCAGAGGAUCAACCUACUGCCAUGGCCAAGGCCGCUGAGGCAUGUGACUUCUUGCGGCAAGCUCCUGCGCUGACAUUGGGCUCCUUGUUGAAGGAGAUUGGGGCUAUUCUUCCAGGCCACGAGUUCGCUUCGGUUAGGGCUGGAGUGGAGAUGGCAUUAAUUGAUGCUGCUGCUAAUAGUAUUCGGGUGCCACUUUGGAGGCUUUUUGGUGGAGCUUCAAAUACCGUAACUACUGAUAUAACAAUCCCGAUUGUUGGCCCAGCUGAAGCAGCUGAAUUGGCUUCAAAAUAUCGGAAAGAAGGAUUUAAGACUUUGAAGCUCAAAGUAGGCAAAAACUUGAAUUCAGACAUAGAAGUUCUUCAAGCUAUACGUCUUGCCCACCCAGAGUGUCAAUUUAUUCUGGAUGCCAAUGAGGGAUACAACCCUAAUGAAGCUGUGGAGGUUCUCGAAAAACUACAUGAAAUGGGGGUAACUCCAGUUCUAUUUGAGCAACCAGUUCAUAGAGAUGACUGGGAAGGUCUUGGAUAUGUGAGCUUCAUAGCAAGAGAUAAAUAUGGUGUAUCUGUGGCAGCUGAUGAGAGCUGUCGGAGUUUAGAUGAUGUUUCCAGAAUUGCAGAGGGAAACCUAGCGGAUGUGAUUAAUAUUAAGCUUGCGAAAGUUGGAGUUUUGGGAGCCCUUAAUAUUAUUGAUUUGGCAAAAGCUGCAGGAUUAAAUUUGAUGGUAGGUGGUAUGGUUGAGACAAGACUGGCUAUGGGUUUUGCUGGCCACCUUGCUGCUGGCCUUGGAUGUUUCAAGUUCAUUGACCUAGAUACACCACUCCUUCUUUCUGAAGAUCCAGUCCUUGAGGGUUAUGAAGUUUCAGGCGCCACUUAUAAGUUCACAAAUGUUAGAGGCCAUGGUGGAUUCCUUCACUGGGAUAAUAUUGCUUGAAACGAGAACUGUGAAUGUUCUCACAAACUCUUAAAUCCCUGAAAAGGAUUAUUGGACGAGUUGCCUCUGCCCUCUGCAAAUGGAUUCCUCGUAGAUAAAAUAACAACGGCAAGAGGAUUGGUACUAGGAGAAUAAACUUAUGCUGUUAUGACAUUGUUGGAUGGUAGUUGUAAUAACAAUCAUAAUAAGCGAAGAUUCUGUUGCCUGGGAAGUGGCCAUCAUUAGGAAUUUUCUACGAAUUGCACUUGUUUGUGGAAAAUAAGGUGUCCUUGAGGCUUCGGACCAAGUAACAGGUAAUUGAUAGAAGUAGUUGUUGAUUAUGUUGUACUUCCAAAGUCAAGUCUAGAACUAUAGUUAUCCUGUAGCUUCCAUUAUACAUUGAAUAAUACUAAUAAGAAAUCAUUUUCUGUGCGUCGUCCACACCCUUAA